CCACUAUUAUGGAAUCAAAUAAAAACAUGUUGUUGGCCAAAGUGUACUUACCUCUUCCUAAUAACUGUAUUUUGAAAAGCAAGGAUGUUUUGGAUGAAGUCCAGUUUAGCUGUGAACAGCAAGUUAAACCUUCAGAUGGAGCAGUGGGAAGCAAUGUUCCUUUUUUUCUUGGUGAAAAUCAAACAGAAGAAUUAUGCAUUAUGACAUCAGGAAAAUUAAUGUAUUCUUUAUCUUGGACAGUUAGUGACAAGGGAAUUCCUUUGGCUCCUACUAUUCAACAAGCAUAUAUUUCUUCCAACAGCAUACCAAGGAACAUCAAUUCAGGAAAAGGGACAGGAAUUUGGUGGCAUUCUGAUAUCCAAAAACUAAUUGACUGGGCAAAAGACAUAAGUAUUGACCCGAAUGAUCCUUACUACUCAGAUUUGUUUGAAUUAAUUAUGUAUGCACAAUCUCAGGAGAAAAGUGAUUCAAAACAUUUUCGCCUUGAACAACUGCAAGAAUUUGACUUUGAUAUUGCAGAAGAUAUUCAAAAUUGCAAACGUUUCCGGCUAUUACAGCUUAGGAAUUUAGGACAGUUAGGCUUCUACUGUUUUCAGCAAAUUCCACUCUUUGACAAAGAAAUUCCAGACACAAUUUUUCAGGAACAUGGAGGCCAAUUGGAAAAGGACAUGUGUAUGACAGAUAUGGAUCCUAUUUCUGCACAAAGAAAUAGUUCUGCCAACUUUGUUAGGAUGAUGCGAAAUCAAGUUGGAAAACAAAUUUUGACCAUUAGGCACAAAUUUAAUUUAUCAGAUCUUGUGAGUGAUUAUGAAGAAAUUAUAUCAAUGAGCCAAUUGAGUAAUGCAAUUUUCAAGCUAAGUGAACGCAGAAGACAUCUGAAACCACAAAGGAAAGAGAGACGAAAGGUUGCAGCCCAGGCAGUCUCGGAUGGAGAUGUUAAGCUUCUUAUCAGAAUAUUGAGAGCAUACAAUAUUCCUGCAAGAAAGGCCUCAGCAUCUAAAGUUGCAGUUACUUAUUCACCAUCAUACUUACCAAAUCGCAUGUCCCGAGGCAGACAUAUUCCAUUAGGUAGUUCAGCCUAUGCUGCCGAUCUUCUCUCCGAGGUGACUGUGCAUCCUUUUGUAGAAGUUACAUUUCAGAAAACAGUUUAUCAGACUAGCACUGCAGAUGGCUCUCAUCCAUGCUGGAAUGAAGAACUUCAAGUUGAUUUUAACUCUCCAGCACAUGAUUACACCUUUUUAGGUCUAUCUAAAAUAAAAGACAACAUAAAUAUUAGCAUUUUUGAUGAAUUUGUGAUUGAAAAGCAUGAGGAUGCCUGUCCAAAUAGUUGCAGUGGUCAUUCUUACAUAAGAAAAAACUGGCUUGGAUCAAUUGUAUUUCCUUUCUCUGCUCUACUUGAACAAUCUAAGAUCUGUGGAACAUUUCAAAUAGAUAUGCCAUCUGUUAUACUUGGAUAUACUUGGAGUAAGACAUAUGUACCUCCUAAAGAAGAAUGUUUGGGGCAGAACCUGAAAGAAUAUAGCUUUUUAACCAUCUUUGCUACUAUUGAACCUCAGUUAUCUUCUGCUGAAAAUAAUUUAGAACUAGAUACGUUUGCAGAUCAUGAAGCAGAAACACUAUUGCAAAGAGCAUAUAUUUUUAAGCAAACAUGGAAAGCAGUGUUUCCAAAGAGAAGGAUAAUGACUUCAGUUUUUAACAAUCAGGGAAGGAAUAUUUUAGUAACUAAGUACAUUAGCCCUUUGAAUCCACCACAACUGUUUCUAGAUAUGUAUCCAAAAGAUCCCAAUUCAACUUCUGACGUUAUAUCACGAUUUGUAUCUUUAAUUCCUUGUAUAGCAGAUACAGUGGAUGAAAAUAAUGAUGUUGAUGUGUGGAUGACAUCAGAGCAUUGCAUCGAAUUGGGUGUUGGUAAUAAAGAAGAGCAUGCAGUGCUUCUGUGUAAUUAUCUUCUGUACAUUGGGAAAAAAGCCUGGGUAUUGUUAGGAACAUCUGUGUUAGAAGGGAAAGUAGCUUAUGUUGCAACACAAGAAAAUGGAGAAUAUUUUCUGUGGAAUCCCCUGAGUGGCCACUGCUAUAAGCAGUUUGACGCAUUUUGCCCCCUACAGAGUGUUGAUUGCUUAAUCAGUUGGGAAAAUGUCUGGUUUAACAUUCAACAAAACAAUUCACCAAUGUGCACCAGUUUUGACAUUUCAAAGGAAAGCUUUUGGAAACAAUUGCUUCCAUACAAUUUCCAGAAUUCAAAAACACAAACAGUGCAGCCAGAACAAAUAUUUUAUGUUGCAACGGAUGGAAGUUUGGUAGAUGAGUUACAAAAUAGAAUUGAAAGAACAUUAAAAAAUAAAAUAAUGGAGUGGCGAUCUCAUCUUCCAACUCGAUGGCAUCGACAGUGUACUAGUGUUUUAAGACAAAUUCUUCCUAAGCUUGAGCUUAGAAGUGGACAUAUAACCAAAGAAAAAGAGGAAAGUUAUUUGGAAGCUUUUCAAGAGCAUUACUGGGUUACAGGAUUUCCUUUACAGAUGCCAUACCUAGAUAUCCCGUCAAUAACUGAGGCAGUUUAUCAGACAGGAAUUCAUUCUUCAGAAAUUCCCUAUACAGAAUUUGCUCUUGCUGUAUAUAUUCAUCCUUAUCCAAAUAAGAUUUUAUCUGUUUGGAUCUACUUAGUAUCUUUGGUUUGUCAUCAGUAAGUAGCAGUAACUGACAAACCUCUUUAGAAAUUACACAGUGCAUCUGUGAAAUUGGUAUUUGUGGUUUCUGAAUUGUUGUAGACAAGA